CAUGUGACAUACAGAAGACGUGAGUCGUCGCGUGAGUAGCAGCAGUUUAGCAGGAUGAAGCACAGAUUUUUGACGGGGUUUGUUUUAUUUCUCGGUUUGUCUCUGAGUUUGUGUUCUUCUCAGACGUGUGUCCUGAACGAUAAAGACGGUCUCGGGAGAGUUUUUGACGGAAUUGGAGGUUUGAGCGGCGGAGGGGCGACGUCGCGCUUACUGGUUAAUUACGCAGAGCCCUACCGCAGCCAGAUAUUAGACUACCUUUUUAAGGUUGGAUAUGAUCCAAACUUUGGAGCCUCUUUGCACAUCCUGAAGGUGGAGAUUGGAGGGGACGCUCAAACUACCGAUGGAACGGAGCCGUCACACAUGCACUAUGAGAACGACGAGAACUACUUUCGAGGGUAUGAGUGGUGGCUGAUGAAAGAGGCCAAGAAGAGGAACCCAAAUAUCACACUUAUAGGUUUGCCCUGGGCGUUUCCUGGUUGGGUGGGCCACGGUAAGAACUGGCCCUAUGACUUUCCAGACAUCACUGCAACAUACGUGGUGAACUGGAUCCUUGGUGCCAAGCAGUGCCAUGACCUGGACAUUCACUAUGUUGGGAUUUGGAAUGAGCGAAACUAUGACAGCAAGUACAUCAAGCUGCUGCGGUACACUCUGGAUAAGAGUGGUCUGGAGAAUGUCAGGAUCAUAGCCAGUGACAACCUGUGGGAGCCCAUUGCCCUGGCUCUGCUGCUCGAUCCCGAGCUCAGCAGAGCUGUAGAUGUGAUAGGCGCCCACUACCCAGGCACCACCACAGUGAAGGAGGCCCUGAAGACACAGAAGAAGCUGUGGUCGUCAGAGGACUACAGCACGUUCAACAACGAGGUGGGAGGAGGCUGCUGGGCUCGCAUCCUCAACCAGAACUACGUCAACGGACUCAUGACUGCCACCAUCUCCUGGAACCUGGUGGCCAGCUACUAUGAGGAGCUGCCAUUCGGCAGAGACGGACUGAUGACGGCUGAGGAGCCCUGGAGCGGCAACUAUGUGGUGGAGUCCCCUAUCUGGAUCACAGCACACACCACGCAGUUCGCCCAGCCAGGAUGGACCUACCUGGAAACUGUGGGACAUCUGGCACAAGGUGGAAGUUAUGUAGCGCUGACUGAUGAGAGAGGAAACCUCACCGUUGUCAUAGAAACCAUGACUCAUGAUCAUUCAGUGUGCGUUAGACCUCCACUCCCUCCCUUCAAUGUGACAUCCCAGAAUGCAACUUUCCAGCUGAAGGGAUCCUUUGCCUCCAUUAAGGAACUCCAAGUAUGGCGGUCACAGUUUCAUUUCAAAACAAAGAAGCCCUCCUUCUUUGAGAAACUAGCUCCACUGAAGCUUUUUGAUGGAUCAUUCACCUUAAACUUGGCUGAAGAUGAAGUUUACACAUUAACCACAAUUACAACAGGACAGAAAGGCAGUUGCACUGGCUCACCUCCCUCUGCUCGCUUCCCUAAAGCCUACAAGGACAACUUUAAUGUUCGAAACCCUCCCUUCUCAGAGGCUCCAAACUUUGCUGACCAGACGGGGGUGUUUGAGUACUACAUCAACAUGACUGACCCUGGACCUCAUGUCUUCACCUUACGACAGGUUCUGACUGAGAAACCCGUCACAUGGGUGUCUGAUGCUGACCAGACCAUCAGUGUUAUAGGAGACUAUCAGUGGCAGAACCUGACGGUGACAUGUGACGUCUUCAUGGAGAGCGUUAAGACUGGUGGUGUGUUCAUAGCAGCCCGGGUGGAUAAAGGAGGCCAGUCAAUCCGCAGCGCUAAAGGAGUCUUCUUCUGGGUGUUUGCAGAUGGCACAUACAAAGUGACCAGUGAUCUCACUGGACAGACUGUACUUGCAGAAGGACAGUCUGGUACCCGAGCACAUGGUUGGCACACCUUAUCACUCACUGUGGAAGGUCAGUAUGCGUCAGGGCUGCUGAAUGGAUACCCACUGUGGAAGAACGCUGUGGUGCUGACACCAAAGAACGGCUGGGCUGCAAUAGGAACACACUCAUUUGAACUGGCUCAGUUUGAUAACUUUGCUGUUGUGGCAGAAUAUUGAUUCAACUGUAAAAUAAUGAUGUGCACAAUGCUGUGAAUAUAGUGAUCUAAUAUAAAUUGUUUUGUUUUUUUAAUGGAUUGAAAAUAAUUUUGAAAUUUAUGUUUAUGUUUUUCUUUGUAAUAAUCUGAAUUGUAAAGGGAAAUUAAAAAGUGGCUCUUAA